CUCACGACGUCUGAGGUUCAGAGCGCUUCAUCGACAGAACUUGCCCCCACGAGCACGUCCGGAAGUGUGGGUAGCUCUCUGGAAACUUCUGGCCAGCCCUCAUCCCAACCUUUUGCCACCUCCACCCUGACGAAUGCCACCGUCAGUCUGUCUCUUGUCGAUACUUCGACUCUGCCAAGUGUCCACCCAACUGCGACAUCGCCUGUGAGCACCUUAUCUGCGAGUGAAGUAUUCCAACCAAUUGCCAGCGAUGCUCCAGAGUCGUUGUUCAAUACCACCUCUGAACAUCCAGUGCCAAGGACUGGCAUCCAACCGCAGGCACGGAAACUCCAGACGAACAAGUUCUACUCUGGCCUUUAUCUGGACGAGCAGACUUCUCCAGCGUACACUUUGCCAUAUGCUGUCUCUUGGUCGAAGGGGAAAGGUCAAAUGGGAAGCUGGGGCUUGUCGAUCUCGCACACGGAAAGAUACCAAUGGGCAAACGCACCCGCAACUCCAGGCAAAGACGCUGGCCAGUGGGCGUUCUUUGGCGCUCCAGUGGGCAUCCAGCAUGUCGUACUAUCCGCUCUCCAGCUAGGCGUGGAUCCCAACACCGGCGACACACCAGGCCUUACGACAGACUCGAUGCAAUGGGGAUCGGUCAAGGCCAAUUUGUUUCCUCCAGGCUGGUUGACUCCCGUUGUUAGUUUCCCGCUUCUGCAAGGGACGCCGUUCAUUACCGCCGAGUACCACUGGGCGCAGCCUUACAUUGAGUCGAGCGUAGGGUUUUUGACCUUGACAUUUGUUGGCGCAGUGGUCACGAAUUCCACCUACAAGUAUCGGACCACUUUGAGGGACAACACGGUAUGGGUGAUUUAUGUCACUCCUGAUGAUCCAGAUUAUAAAGUGAACAAGUUUGACUUGCAUCCUUCCGGCGCGAACAUUACUGGAACCUCUCUAUUCAACGGCGUCAUCCAAGUCGCCAAGAUCCCGACGCCUGGCUCUGUACCGAACACGUAUGAGAAUCAGACGGUACCGGAGGCAAUCUACGAUGCAUCUGCCGGUACUUAUCCCGUCGGCAUCAACAUUACCGGAUCAGUCAACAACAAGGAGGGCAGCUACACCCUAUCAUGGACAAAGAAGGGCGUUGAGAGUCAGCCUCUGCUCAUGUAUGCUCUGCCACAUCAUGUUGCAUCCAUGAGCUAUGAAUCUCAGACAGGUUUGACUGCUCUGCAACUCCGAACAACGACCAAAGGUGUUGCCACGGCCGUCACCGGCGAUUCCUGGACACUGAAGGAGGAUAACCUUCCCAUCGACAUGGGCUUUGCGCCUUGGACACCAAGUCAGGGGAACAUCAAGACCUUAUCGAACGUCGCUGUGCAAGCCAUCAAUCAUGCCGGCGCAGCAGAGCUCAAACAGAACAUCACCGCCCAGGCCGAUUCAGGCAGCGCAUACUACGACGGCAAAGCCUUGGCCAAAUUCGCCGCCCUGAUCUACACCCUCCACGAAAUCAGCGGAAACAAAACCUUAGCCCUGACCGGCCUCCAACAACUCCUCCAACCCGAAUUCGCCCGCCACAUAAACGGCCAACAAAUCUGGCCCUUCUGGUACGAAAGCGCCUGGGGCGGAAUCGUCUCCUCCGCCUCCUACCGCACCGGCCAACCCCUCGAAGAUUUCGGCAACACCUACUACAACGACCACCACUUCCACUACGGCUACUUCGUCUACGCCGCCGCCGUCAUCGCCUACCUCGACCCCACCUGGCUCGCAAACUCCACCAACACCGCUUGGGUCAACAUGCUCAUCCGCGACUACGCCAACUCCGACCUCCACGACCCCUCCUUCCCUUUCUCUCGAAAUUUCGACUUCUACCACGGCCACUCCUGGGCCGCCGGCCUUUUUGAUUCGGGAGACGGAAAAAACCAAGAAUCCUCCUCCGAAGAUACGAUGGCAUCCUACGCCCUCAAAAUGUGGGGGCACGUCACCAACGACGUCGCAAUGGAGGCGCGAGGCAACCUCAUGCUCGCCAUCCAAGCCCGAAGUUUGAAUUCUUAUUUUUUGUAUUCUGAAGAAAACGAAAUCUUACCCAAGGAGUUCAUCGGAAACAAAGCGGCGGGGAUACUGUUUGAGAAUAAAAUCGACCAUACGACGUAUUUCGGCGCCAACGUCGAGUUCAUCCAAGGGAUUCAUAUGAUCCCUAUCAUGCCUUUUAGUUCGUACAUUCGCACUCCAGAAUUCGUGGGGGAGGAGUGGGGGGCUUAUUUUUCUAAGGAUGCGUAUAUUGAGAACGUGCAAGGGGGUUGGAAGGGGUUGUUGAUGGCGAAUUUUGCAACGUGGAAUUCUAGGGCCGCGAGGGAGGCGUAUGGGUUUUUUGGGGAUGAGGGGUUUGAUAUGGGGUACUUGGAUGGUGGGGCCAGUAGGACUUGGUAUCUUGCUUGGGCUGCGGCGAUGGCGGGGGGGAUGGUUUAUGACUAGUGAGUGAGUGAGUUGGGAGGUGAGGUAGGUAGGUAUUUGUGGGGGUGGUUUUUUUUUGGCGUUAGGGGAUGGAUGGGUUUGGAUUAUAGAUAGAUACUUGGGUACAGAGGUACAUUUUCGAAGGGAUAGCUUUGUUUGUGGGCAUGUGGACGGGAGGGUUGGAAGGUAUAUAUAUAUUUAUAUUUAUGAGGGUAUGGUCUUGAAAGCUAUGGCUCUACCUUAAGACG